CCGGCGCCAUUUUGAAAGUGGAGUCGCCUGCUGCUCCGCUGCCGCCCGUCGCUGUCGUAGCCGCCGCCGCCGCCGCCGGAGCAGGAGCACGAGCGGGGAAGCCCCAGAGUGAAAUCCACCAUCCUGCUGGCCGGCCUGCCCGCCCCUCCUCCCUUCUACCCCGGCCCCCGCCCCCUCCCCCCACAGGUGCCAUCCGCCGCCAUCCGCCCUCUUUGCCCCCCCAUCCCCAGGUGAGGGGGGUGAGUCCGGGGAGCGGAGACCCCGAGGAGCCCAGCAGGGUCACCAUUUGCAGCGCAACAUGGCAGGAGCUGGAGGAGGGAAUGAUAUUCAGUGGUGUUUUUCUCAGGUGAAAGGAGCAGUAGAUGAUGAUGUAGCAGAAGCAGAUAUAAUUUCUACAGUAGAAUUUAAUCAUUCUGGAGAAUUACUAGCAACAGGAGAUAAAGGUGGUAGAGUUGUCAUCUUUCAACAAGAGCAGGAGAACAAAAUCCAGUCUCAUAGCAGAGGAGAAUAUAAUGUUUACAGCACCUUCCAGAGCCAUGAACCAGAGUUCGACUACUUGAAAAGUUUAGAAAUAGAAGAGAAGAUCAACAAAAUUAGGUGGUUACCCCAGAAAAAUGCUGCUCAGUUUUUAUUGUCUACCAAUGAUAAAACAAUAAAGUUAUGGAAAAUCAGUGAAAGGGACAAAAGACCAGAAGGGUAUAACUUGAAAGAGGAAGAUGGAAGGUAUAGAGAUCCUACUACAGUAACUACACUGCGAGUGCCAGUCUUUAGGCCCAUGGAUCUAAUGGUUGAGGCCAGUCCACGAAGAAUAUUUGCCAAUGCUCAUACAUAUCACAUCAACUCAAUUUCUAUUAAUAGUGAUUAUGAAACAUAUCUAUCUGCGGAUGAUUUGCGGAUUAAUCUUUGGCAUCUGGAAAUUACAGACAGGAGUUUUAAUAUCGUGGAUAUCAAGCCUGCCAAUAUGGAAGAGCUAACAGAGGUGAUUACAGCAGCAGAAUUCCAUCCAAAUAGCUGUAACACAUUUGUAUACAGCAGCAGUAAAGGAACCAUUCGGUUAUGUGACAUGAGGGCAUCUGCUCUUUGUGAUAGGCAUUCUAAAUUGUUUGAAGAACCUGAAGAUCCCAGUAACAGGUCAUUUUUUUCCGAAAUCAUCUCCUCUAUUUCUGAUGUAAAAUUCAGCCAUAGUGGUCGAUAUAUGAUGACUAGAGACUAUUUGUCAGUCAAAAUUUGGGACUUAAAUAUGGAAAACAGGCCUGUGGAAACAUACCAGGUGCAUGAAUACCUCAGAAGUAAACUUUGUUCACUGUAUGAAAAUGACUGUAUAUUUGACAAAUUUGAAUGUUGUUGGAAUGGAUCUGACAGUGUCGUCAUGACUGGAUCUUACAAUAAUUUCUUCAGAAUGUUUGACAGGAACACUAAGCGAGAUAUAACCCUAGAGGCGUCGCGGGAAAACAACAAGCCUCGCACGGUUCUGAAGCCCCGCAAGGUCUGUGCAAGCGGCAAGCGGAAGAAAGACGAGAUAAGUGUGGACAGCCUGGACUUCAACAAGAAAAUCCUUCACACGGCUUGGCACCCCAAGGAGAACAUCAUCGCGGUGGCCACUACAAACAAUCUGUAUAUAUUUCAAGACAAAGUGAAUUAGGGUUGGCAUUCCUAGCAGAGGAGCCCACUUCCUGCUUAGUUGAGAUAGUUCAGUCUAGCAUUCGUACCUAUAAGAGAGAGAGGCCCCUUGUGGCGCCCCUUUCCAGUGUUUGACAGUGUGCCAUCUGACAACACAUUUUAUAGCUACAUGGAGAAGGCUCUGUGGAUUCGUCACUGUGGUGUUCUCCAUGUCUGCUAGCCAUUUAGGUGAGGGUAGGGCACUUUUAAUUUAAAUGACUUCUUGCACCAUCUUGCCUAAUGGACUAGAUCGGACUGUGUCAACAUUGAUUUACUCCACUUUUUAUGCCUUCCAUUGUGAUGACGUCAAACACAGUGAAAGCCUUCAGUCAUGCUAUGGGAUUUAAUUGUGUAUCCUCAUUACUGUAUCAUUUGUGGGGUACAUCCCUCCCUCCUUUUUUUAAAUUAAAUACAGCUCAUUCUUACUGUGGCUUGUAGCAUUCCUCCUGGCCUCCCGGACUCUUCCCUCCAUCUCUCUCACCCUUGCCCCCUCCACCUGGUUUUGGUGGUGGUAUAUUGGGGAAAAAAAAAAGAACGAAAGCACACACAAUGAGUCAGUUUGGGGUCAGUGAUAAAGGGGAUACCUGUUGCGAACAAAUGUUUUAAUAACAGUUGGCUGUAAUCACUCCUUGCCAUGUCUGGCGCUGAAAAUAAGGAAAAAAAACUACUGAAUAAAAGUGACAAAGAAUGGUGAA